ACAAUGUAAAUCCGGUGGAGCACACGCUCCUUCUCUCCUUCAUACUAUUCAUCGAGUAUUUAAUUACUUCAUAUUGAAAGCGUAGCUUGCUGACAACAACUGACAACGCCUGCAUCUGUGCACAAACCCGAGAAUGUCGUCAUUCGGCUCCAUCCCCAUCCUCGACCUCUCACUGGCACGGGAUCCAGAGACGAAACCUAAGUUCCUGGAGGAGCUAAGGCAUGCGUUGCUUGAGGUUGGAUUUUUGUAUUUGAAGAAUGCGGGGAUUCCGGAGGAGUUGACGGAGAGGGUGAUUAAGGAGGGGGUGGGGUUCUUUGAUAUUCCGUUGGAGGAGAAACUCAAAAUCGAAAUGAAAACCGCCGCCUCCUUCCUAGGCUACUCCCGCCUCGACGCCGAAACCACCGCCCACUCCACCGACCACCGCGAACAAAUCGACAUCUCGACCCCCCACCCCCUCCCCUCCCCCACCGACCCCCUCUACCACAACCUCCUCGCCCCCAACCUCUGGCCCUCCCCCUCCCUCCUCCCCUCCUUCCGCUCAACCUUCGAAGACUACAUGUCCCGCAUGGGCGCCAUCUCCAUGUUCUUCACCACGCUGAUCGCUGAGGCUAUCGGUCUCCCCCCGCAGGCAUUCGCGCACUACUUCGAUGCGUCGCAGCAGCACAAGUUGAAGAUUGUGAGGUAUCCCGAUCUCGCUGAGCUGGGGAUCAAGGGGGAGGGACACGGCGUUGGGCCGCACAAGGACUCGAUGCUGAGUAGCUACCUGUUGCAGGCGUCGGAGCAUAGGGGUUUGCAGGUGCAGAAUACGGCGGGGAAGUGGGUGGAUUGCCCGCCGAUUGCAGGGACGCUGGUUGUGGCUAUGGGGCAGGGGAUGGAGGCGUUGACGGCGGGCGUGUGUACGUCUACUACGCAUCGAGUUUUGUCGCCUGCGCCGGGGACGGGGGCGCGGUACUCGAUCCCGUUUUUUCAGGGGGUGAGUUACGAUGCGACGUUUGAGAGUAUGGAGAUCCCUGAGGAGCUGCGGGAGUUGAGGAGGAGGGUGUUGGAGAGGAAUGGGGGGAGGUUGGAUGAUGUGGAGUUUACGUUUAAGACGGGGAAGUAUAAGCAUCUUGGGGAGGCGACGCUGAUGAAUAGGGUUAAGAGUCAUCCGGAUGUGGGGGAGAGGUGGUAUCCGGAGUUGUUGAGGCAGAUUAGGGAGGAUCAGGCGAGGGAGAUGGAGGAGAAGGAGAAGGGGGCUGGGGGGGCGAAGGUUGAGGAGGCAACUGGGAAGGCCGUGGAGGCUCAUUAG